AUGACAACAUCCGCAGUGAAAAACAACUUUUUGCCACCCGGAUUGGUGUCCAAUCUGCAACAAGUUCUCUUAAGCCGGAAUCCCGCCGGUGGCGGCGAUGGCGACGAGUUACCCAAGAUCAACACCCGUAAGGACGAUUCGUCCAAGCCCACUUCUUUUAGCAACGGUGGCGAUGCUUAUUCCGAGACUAAUUGUGAUGAUGGGUCCAAGCCCAUUGUUUUGCUCACAAAUAGUGAUGGUAUUGAGUCCCCGGGGCUUUCAUAUUUGGUUGAUGCUCUUGUUAAGCUAGGCCUUUACAAUGUCCACGUCUGCGCCCCCCGAUCGGAUAAAACAACAUCGGGCCACGCGGUGACACUUAAAGAGACGGUUGAGGUUGUUUCAGCUGAAAUUAACGGUGCCACGGCCUAUGAAGUUUCUGGAACUCCGGUGGAUUGUGUAUCAUUGGUAUUAUCGGGUGCACUAUUUUCGUGGUCAAAGCCUCUAUUGGUAAUAAGUGGUAUCAACAGGGGCUCAAGUUGUGGUCGCAACAUGUUUUAUUCGGGCGUAGUGGCUGGAGCCAGGGAGGCGUUGAUUAAUGGCUUGCCAUCCAUAUCAAUAUCACUAAACUGGAAGAGUGAUAGAAGUCAGGAAAGUGACUUCAAGGAUGCUGUGACUGUGUGCUUACCGCUGAUAAAUGCAGCCAUAAGGGACAUAGAGAAGGGGGUUUUCCCCAAAAAUUGCUCAUUAAAUGUAGAAGUUCCAACAUCCCCCUUGGCAAACAAGGGAUUCAAGGUUGCCAAGCCAAGUCUUUGGCGGUCUACUCAUAGCUGGCAAGCCAUUUCAGCCACCAGGAGUCAGGCUGCUUCAAGAUUUAUGGGUAAUCAGCAAAACAUUGGGUUGCAGUUUGCACAGCUUAGUCGUGAUGCCUCUGCUGCUGGUGCUGCUCGUCGUUUAACCACACAAAGGAAGAAUAUUGAGAUUGUUGAAUCAGUUGGUGUUGCUGGGAAAGUUGAUUCCAAACGGACGGUGAAGUAUUUUCGCUUAGAGAUGCUUAACAAGGAGCAAGAAGUACAAGACGAGGAUCUUGAUUUUCAAGUGCUCGAAAAUGGAUUUGUUGCAGUUACUCCACUCUCUCAUUCAAUGCAGGCGGAGUCGGAAAUUAAUAUGGCCGUUUCAGACUGGAUUCCUUCUGCACUGCAAGAGGAGAAAUGA